CUCACCCUGACUUAUGAUAACAACAGUGCUUGUGCCAAAGCACCACAUCCCUGAACACAGAAGAGACACUCAGUCACUGAUCAGACAGUUUGGCGAAUCGCAUGCCGGCAUCACCAUAUGUAGCAAAAUAUGUACCUUCCUCCUUCUUCAAACAUCCAUCCUCGAAUGUCUCAACCAAUAUAAGGGAAACAGCAUGCAGACAGUCACCAACUUACAAGCCAAUUUCAUCCCGGCCUCGGAUAUCAUUGGUGCGCUGCAAAAUAUUGUAAGUACCAAGUCACGGUUAGUUGUGUCAAUUAGGAGUAAUAAACAAUUGCUUCAGCUUGCUCAUUCACAACCACUCGUGUGUAUAGCAGCUGAUCGCUUGUCUGAUGCAAUAGUGACCAUUAGCAGAUGCCAGACCUUGAAACUCCAUCAUGAUACUCCAAAGCCUGUUUCCCAAACACCAACCACCCUGUUGAGCUUAGCAAAGGCGAGAGCAUCAGCGCCAUCGUCAACGAACGCGACCAGCAGCUGGAUGCAGUGUUGCGCGAUUUCUCAGCUCUGGAAACGGUCACUGUCGGCAUCAAAGAUCUUCAUCAGUCACUCGCCGAACAGCAGUACGAGAUCAUCCAGUCCAGGCAUCUGCACAAGGGAUUUAUAUCGGCUCUCUGGCGCUUGCCAACUGAAACCUCAUGCCAUAUCUUUCACUACUGUCUCCCUAAACGUAAACAUUUGUCGCCCGCAGCAAAGCUGGCCCCCGUGCUACUGACCAGAAUAUGCCGACGGUGGAGGGAGGUUGCUGUAGGUAUGCCUGGUUUGUGGUGUAGGUUGUCUGUGGAAGUCGACUACGGAAACUGGCAGUCGGCAGCAUUUUUCUAUGACUCGUGGCUCGAGAGAU